ACCGACAACAACUUUGUAAUGUUUUUCUAGAAUAAUCAGAAGACAAAGCUGAACUCAGAAGACCAAUCAGAUUCCUCUACUCGCUCGAACGCAACUCUUUCUUCCACUGCUCUCUGUCUCCAUCUUUAAAACAACAGCUAAAAAGAGAAUUAUUUAUCCAUGGACCAAACCGAGGUACCUAAGCUUCGCUGCCAGCGAAUCGGCUGUAACGCAACUUUCACCGAAGACAACAAUCCCGAUGGUUCCUGUACUUACCACGAUUCGGGGCCAUUCUUUCAUGAUGGAAUGAAAGAGUGGAGUUGUUGCAAGAAAAGGAGUCAUGAUUUCAGCUUGUUUCUGGAGAUUCCAGGAUGUAAAACAGGUAAACACACAACUGAGAAACCAGUGUUAGCAAAGGCGACUCCAACUCCCACCCCAAAGAAUCCAUUUUCUCCUCCCACUGCAGCUCCUGCUACCAACUCAUCCUCAAAAGAAUCUUGCCCUAGAUGCAAGCAAGGCUUUUUUUGCUCGGAUCAUGGGUCACAAGCACAACCCAAAGCUGCACCACCUAAAAGCUAUGCUUCUGCUCCAGCAAAAAAGGUAGUUGAUAUAAACGAGCCCCAGACGUGCAAGAAUCAGGGAUGUGGACAAACUUUCAAGGAGAAGGAUAAUCAUGAAACUGCCUGUAAUUACCAUCCCGGGCCUGCUGUUUUUCAUGAUCGAAUGAGAGGGUGGAAGUGUUGUGACAUCCAUGUCAAGGAGUUUGAUGAAUUCAUGAGCGUUCCACCUUGCAGCAAGGGCUGGCACGAUGCUGAUCCAGCAUCUUAAACUGCAGGUGUUGGUCAGGAUGGUGAAUUUCUUUGUUCUAUUCUACGGGUUUGUUCUACUGGAAUUAACUUCUAGUGAAUCCAUCACGUUUGCUUUCCCAUCAUAUUGUUAUGACAUUGACCUUCAAUGGUUUUUAAAGAAGAAACCAGGACAGGAAGAUCUUCCCUUUUGACACGAUUUAGUCUGUGAACUUGCAGCAUUUAUCCUUCAUUGAGCCAUGAAAUUAGUAAGGGCUCAUUUUGUCUUGAAACAUGCCUGCGUAUUUAGGCUAUUUGUGUGUAAAGAUUGGUAUUUUGUGGAUUGUCUUAAACUUGAAUUUCAAUGGAGAAACCAUUAUAUCUA